AUGAGUGAAUCACUGGUAGUGGAGAACAACCGUCUGAUCCGUGACUUAAUGUUCGCGAAGAAAGUCAUCAAAAGUCUCGAAAACAUCACUACUUUUGCCAUUCAGUUGACACAAGAGGUCGACGGCGACUGCAAUCCAGUGACGGUUCAGCGGAUCCGCACAGACAUCGACACACAUCUCAAGACUUACCACUCACUCAAAGAUAAUAUCACUCGCGAUGUGGAGGACGUGGAGCCCGCGACCAGUGUGGUGGAGAAGUCACUAAUCGAUGCCAUGAAGACUAAGAUGAAUGCAUUGACAGCCCGUAAGACACCGACCACUACUCGUAAGCCAAAGCCGUGUCACAUAACAGGCCUCCCGACGCCCAUCACAUGCGUUGAGUGCCAAACAGUCUUCACGAGUGGCCACGAGUUUGUCACUCAUAUUACCGGCGCGAAGAUCACCACUAAAUCCGUCCACCCGUUGACGACCACUAAAGCGACGAAUAAAUACAAGUCUUCGGCGAAAGCGACAAAAAGGACUCAAACCAAACCCAAUACCAUCUUCGAGACCAUCGAUGGCAAUGACAUCGCCUCCGAGCACUCAUCUGUGGUGCCGAUCGUCUGCAUACCCGGCGGCUACCGGUGCGGUCACCCGGACUGCGACUACGCGGCCACCACCCGGCGCUUCAUUCACAUGCACUACACUAUCCAUCAGACAGGCGCCCGUCCCUUCCAGUGCGGUGUCGACCACUGCGAGCUGUCGUUCCGGACGGAACACAUUCUGCGCAGCCAUCAGAUGGCUGUCCACUCGGGGGACUCGAAAGAGCUGACGGGUCAGCGAUGGAUAAUCUGUCACAGGGAUGGCUGCAAAUACCGGACCAAAUCCCAGGCCAAUUGGGUCGCACACAACCGCAUGCAACAUACCGGUGCGGAACAGGCGGUGAGGUUUACGUGCGAUGUAUGCCAUAAAAGUUAUAGUCGACAGCGAGUGCUCGACGAGCACAAGAAGUUGGUGCAUACCGGUGCCGAUGACCGGGACCUGUUUGCCUGUCAUUACUGUUUCCGACGCUAUAAAACACAAUCGGCACUCAAAUCACAUGUCAUUCAAAAGCAUCAAAACCUGUUGUCUAUAAGCGUUGACGAGUCUGAAGAGGUUGAGGAUCAGCUCAUGGAUGCUAACGAUGAGAGCACAGGUAGCCACGCGAUUGACUCACAAUUGGAUGAGAGCGUAGGUUUAGCACAGGUAUCGCACGAUUUGAGUGAGGGUUUGGACGCGACUACUGAGCAAAUGGAUGCGACAAUUGAUGACAACUCAGGGGACGAUCAGUUGGCACCGGGAGGAACGGAUGAAACCCUGGAUAUACCCAUAUUUACGACCUCCCGGGGCUUUGAGUGCGGAUACCCGGCCUGUAACUACUCGUCGAAACUCCGGCGGAAUGUCAACUCCCACUUCACGGUCCACCAGACC